UAAAAGCUUAGCAAGCCCCCGUAUAGUGAUCCCUUAGAAAGCCCGGGCCUGUGUUUUGACCGGCAACAUCUCAGGUCGAGGCAGACAGUGACAACAUCCCAGCCCCGAGUCCGCAUAUUUUGAAAUUUCCGCCCUCGCUGCUGCCAAACGAGGCUGAUUUCUGGCCCAUUGACCUCGGAAGGGAGGAAGGAGACAAGCAUGGAGGGCACAGGAUACAAGGAUGGGACAGCUAUAUUGCAAGCCCUACUGAAGACAAGCCAACAAGGACAGACCAUAACUUUUCCCGGCAAUGAGGAGCGGUUCAGCAGCGCGAUGUUCAGCUCAGAGGUCAAGGUGGAGGUGGGACCAACAGACCACACGUCAGGGUCGUCUUCAAUCACAACGCGCAAUAUCACCAAUUACCCGUGGGAUAACCAGUACCUGUCAGGAAGCCUAGUGGCCCUUCAUUGCUCGGGAGAGUACCUGGCCUAUGCUAUCAAGGCUCCACAGAAAUCCAGUGGAAUGGUGAGAAUUAUCGACCGAAAAUCAGGGGACCGUGGCCUGGUGAAAAACAUCCGUGGAAUGGUGCGAGACCUUGCCUUUGCACACCUCAACCAGAGAGUCAUAUUGGCUUUUACAGACCAUUAUGGCACUCUUUAUGUGUGUGAAGUGUCUGCAUCCAGUACAGAAGGAUCACUUGACACGGAACUCUUGCUGGAGGUGAACAGCACAUCAGAUGAAGCCAGUGACAAUCAUCGCAUCAUCUGGUGUCCAUACAUCCCUGAUGAGCAAGGAGGCGAGGAGGACAUAGAUGACCCUGCGUACCUGCUAGUUCUUACACAUGGCAACAGAGCGGAGAUAUGGAACAUCAACGUUGUUCUGCGUGAAUAUGGGAAAGGGCAGAUCAUGCGUGACAGAAUAUUACCUGGUUACCAACUCAUGGAGCAGCACUCGGAACCCAUCACUGAUGCUGCAUUUAGUCCUGAUGGUACAGCUUUAGCAACAGCUGCCCGGGAUGGAUUUGUUAAGUUCUUCCAGGUAUACAUGGCAGAUGAAGAGAAAUCGCCGAGAUGCCUUCAUCAGUGGAAUCCCCACGACGGCAAGCCACUCUCCGCGCUCUUCUUCCUCGAUAAUCACAAAAAUCCAACCCCAGAGGUUCAGUUUUGGAAGUAUGCUGUCACAGGUGCCUGCAACAAUUCUGAGCUGCGUGUUUGGUCAUGUGAAUCAUGGCAGUGUCACCAGACACUACGAUUCGUCCCUUCGCCGUCCCUGGGGCCCCUCAAGUUCAAGGCUGCCAUGGACCCCUCGGCUAAUUUCCUUCUUCUCUCAGAUAUCGACCGACGUGUCAUGUAUGUGAUUGUGGUGUGCCAAGACAGUAAUGCCAACAGUGGUGGAAGUGUAGGGAAUAGUGGGGGAAUAGGCACCAGCGGAAACUGCAUCGGCGUCAAAAAUGGUGGCGGAAGUGGUGGCAGUGCCCGGCUGGUGUCGGUGUCCGAGCUCCCAGUGCAGUACCCCGCGCUCUCCUUGGCUGUGACGGAUGCAGCGUGGAAGCCCUACAAGAGGUGGAAACACGACCACGUUCACGAUCAUGCGCACAACAUUCACGCGUUUUGUCAUCAUCAACACCAAAUCACUACAGGAAGCAAUACUGAGAUUCCAGCCAGCCAUUCCCUUGUCUGCGUCCAAAGCUACAACUUCCUUAGACUUGAGUGCCUCACAGGAUUCUGUUCUCGUGUCCUGAUCAACUGCAAUAAAAAAACACGUACUUGCAUUCCAGUGGUGAGGGACGGACUGACGGAUCUCAGCAUGAGCCUCAGCACCACCGUGUCAGAGGUGGAAGGAGGAGUGAGUGGAGACGGGGGAGGGACGGAAGGCCAACCUCCACCUCCCCCACCCCCCGAUGCCCUUACCUCACCCCAGAGCAGUAGCCUGACUUCGCAACACCCUGCGCUGCACACCCCUCCUGCCACACAGCCUCCGAUGAACCUGCUCACCCCCGACUCCUUCAGUUCGCCUCGCAAGCCAGAGGACCUGGAGCAUCCUGAUGAGAAUAGUGAGGACAGUUCACUCUCAAGCAAGGUAACCCCCAUAUCCAGCAAGUACGAUGUGCCCUACAACACCAACUUUGAGAAUGCCACACUCUCUCUGCUGUUGCGGUGUGGUUCGGGCACCCUGAUGCCCGGCAGUGAAGGUGAGGGAGCCAACAACCUCAAUAUCUUGGGGUCAGUUGUUUCCGGAUCGUCCAAGUCACCCCCAGCUGCGUCGCUACCCCCUCCCCCCUCUGGGACUCCUCCUCCCCUUGAUUUCCAGAAUACCGAGGAAGCGCCACUAGCCACAUCAGAGGUGUCUGUGACUGCGGCUGCUGGUCGCGGGGGUGCCAGUGCUACGUCUUCACCUUCCUUGGAGGUCCAGCAAAUCCUUCACUCACAGAAUGGUAAGAGUUCAGACUACGCAACCAGAAGCCCUACGACAAGCACAUUCCCAUCCCAAGCCCCCACCUCUCCCUGAACCCCAGGCAGUGCCCCAGCCCCCUUCUUCACUGGCACAGCCCACACCCACUUCCAUAGCACCCUCCCACGCCUCAAUGCCCCAGCCGUCGUCCCUACCCCAGCCCCCAUCGUCCAUGUCACACACCUCUCUGCCACAGCCUCCCCCUCCUGCCAGCCAGCCCAGCUCCUCCAUGCCACAGAUACCCCCUGUGUCUAUACCCCAGCCCCCUCCAUCCAUGUCACACCCACCACAAACAGUGCCAAAGUUGCCGCUGAAAUCGCCACACCUACCGGAACCAUCGCCAACACAGAUGAAUCAGUUGACACAUGCACAUGACACGCAGAAAUCUAUGGCCUCAGCACAGCCUGUUGACGUGUUUGCCUCCGUAAAGACACUCCCUGCUCAGAUAACAUGCGCGCAGCUGGAGGCAGAGAUCAAAGGAGGUGCCAUCAGCCCCGAGGCCACAGAGAGCAGCACCCAACAGAACAGCAGUCAUCAGAGCCAAAGAAACAGAAACCAUGUGGGCCUUGUGCGAGCUACAAACAGAAGUGUGCCUGAUAUGAGAACUUCAUCAAGUUUAGAACAGACGCAGCUCAAUGGACCAGUAACGCCAGGGGUAAGCGCUGCUGAAAUAUCUGAACUGCGUAGCCUCGUGCGUAGCAUAAGCCUCAGCAGAGACCAGAGCAACGAGGUACUCUCUCAGACCCUGGCACUUGCAAACAAACUCGAUAAAGCAAUCCAACAGGUCAAUCAACUGGCGAAGCAAGUGGAAGAGGUGAGGGCAGCUCAGUCACAAGUGCAGAUGGACCUUCCCCAUGUCGUUGCUGCCUCUCUGCGGCCGGUGGUGGAGGCCACACUCAGGAGCGAGAUGCGAAAUAGUGUAGUACCAGGAGUAGUAAAAACCAUGGAUCCCCUAAGAUCUCAUGUGUCCCAAGAAGUCCAUAAUCUCAUGAAGACCUCGGAGAACCAGGUCAUUGAUGCCGUCACUAAAGUCAUCCACUCUAGAUCAUUCUUAGAUAACCUAGGAGGAACUGUCGGUGCUGUUGUGGGCCCAUCAGUCCAGAAUUCCUGCCGCGAAGCCUACAAUAAGUUACUCUUACCAGGACUGAACGCACUGACGCAGCAGGUGUUCUCUCAGGUCAACGAAAGCUUCAGUCGUGGCACCAAAGAGUACCUUCACAAUGUGGAAAGUGAGAUGCAGAGUGGUCGCACAGCCAUGCAGGAGAGUCUCGGCAAGGCAUCCCAGUCCCUGAACACAGCCUGCUCGUCCCUCACCACGCAGACAAAAAGCCUGCAGGAGAGCGUCACCAAGCUCGGGUCCCAGCAGAACAUCAUCACAGAAUCUCUAGCGGAGCGGAUUCGUGCGCUGGUCCGAGAAGAAGUGACACGGGCCCUCCAGGAGCACCAGGCUGCCGUUGACGCCCGAAGCCGAGCGCACACGCCUGCGCCAGCCCCCCAUCCCCACAACCCCAAGCUAGCCCAGCAACAGGUUCAGAACCUCAUCUCCUCGGGACAGUUCAACACCGCAUUCAAGCAGGCUCUCUCUGCAUCAGACCUUAGCCUCGUGGUGUUUGUGUGUGAGCGUGUCAACCCCCAGCAGGUGUUCAACAUCACCCCUUGCCCACUUAGUCAAGAUGUGCUUCUGUCCCUCGUCAACCAACUCUCACAUGAUCUUUCCACUUUCACUGACCUCAAGAUCAAGUACCUUGAAGAGGCUGUUAUGAAUCUGGAUGCGUCCCACCCAGUGACCCGCGAGCACAUGCGGCCAGUGCUGCAGGGCUUCCAGCGCAACCUGCACACGCACCUGGCUGCCAAUCCCAACCACAAGAAGGUCAAGAUGCUGCUCAUGGCCGUCAAUCACCUUGUUGCCUUGUAAACUGCACACGGUUUCCUCUGUAGCCGAGGGAGUCUGACUUUUUAUUUUAUUAUUAUUAUUAUUAGUUUUGUUUUUCAUUAUGUGUUCUUGUUGGUUUUGAAAAUAUAAGGGAAAAAGAGCAUAAAUAUGUACCUUUUAUUUAUUAUUAUUAUUAUUAUGUUCUUGUUUUGCCUGCCCAGCAGUUUCUAUUGCAAUCUCCUCUAUGAGCUGUGGCUGUCUUAAGCUGCACAGGAUAAAACUUCUGAUG